AGCAAAUAACAAAGGCAUACUCGCUCCAUAUUAAGAAUUUGAACUACUGAAAUGGAAACUGAAUUUGUCUCCGCUGCCAAUACCUAAAUACACAACAAUGAAGAACAGAAAAGGCUAGCAGCCAAAUCAACCAACCAACUCUCACUACUUUCCAGUAAGAAUCUGAAACUCAUGGCUACUUUCAUUACACUAUAAAAAGAAUCUAAAGGCAAUCUCUUUCUUUGUCAAUGACAACAAUGGCUGCAACUUCAACUCUGCUAUCACAGCCUUCUCUAAUUCAAUCAAAAUCCUUUAUUUCUUUCAAAACCCAGCAAAACCCUUCCCUAUGUCUCUCGAAUACACUAUCUCUUCCAUCAAAAUCGAGUUAUGUGGGCAAGAAGGAACAUAGGAUUGUUGCAAAAUGGCCGAUGGCUGUUAAACAAUCUAUCCUUUCGUCCUCUAUUGGUCCUAAUAGUAGGGAGAUGAAAAAUCCCAUAAUUGUCAUUGACAAUUAUGAUAGCUUUACUUAUAAUCUUUGUCAGUACAUGGGAGAGCUGGGAUGCUAUUUUGAGGUUUAUCGGAAUGAUGAGUUAACUGUGGAGGAGUUAAAAAGGAAAAAUCCAAGAGGGGUGCUUAUAUCCCCAGGACCAGGUGAGCCACGAGAUUCUGGAAUAUCUUUAGAGACUGUUUUGGAGCUUGGGCCUCUAGUGCCUUUGUUCGGUGUGUGUAUGGGAUUGCAGUGUAUUGGAGAAGCUUUUGGAGGAAAGAUUGUCCGUUCUCCUUAUGGUGUCAUGCAUGGGAAAAGUUCGCCCGUAUAUUAUGAUGAGAAAGGGGAAGAUGGCUUAUUCUCUGGGUUAUCAAACCCUUUCACUGCUGGGAGAUAUCACAGCCUUGUGAUUGAAAAUGAUAGUUUCCCAACUGAAGAACUUGAGAUUACAGCAUGGACAGAAGAUGGACUGAUAAUGGCUGCUCGUCAUAAAAAGUAUAAGCAUCUACAGGGGGUUCAGUUCCAUCCAGAAAGCAUAAUAACAUCAGAGGGCAAGACUAUAGUGCAGAAUUUCAUCAAACUGGUGGAGAGAAAAGAGGCCGAGUCUCAGAAUUAGUAAGCACAUCAUGUCAUACUAAAAGGAAAGAUAGAGGGAAGAAGCGGUAGCGUUUUAACUGGUACUUAUCUUUCUUGACCAGUUUUAGAAGCUUGUAAAGCUUUUACAUUUGUAAAAUGUACAUGCAAGGAAAUUGCUCCUUAGCCAAUUUCUGUGUUGCUUCAGUUAUCCAGUCUAAAAUGUUCUCAUUUUAUGUGUCA